UUAGUGAUUUUUUUUAAAAUAAAUUAUGGUGUCAAAAAAUGAAUUUAAAACAAGCAACAAAAUAAUCAUCCAGUGAAUAAGAAACUCUUCUUUUUGUGCUUAAAAUUGAGUGAAAUUAAAAAAAAAGCUCGUCACACCCGUGAAAAAAAUUUCUGAAUUUUCCGCCCAAUAAAUCAACAAACUUGGCGUGACAAUGGAAGCGCCAAAAACUCCAGCUUCCCCAUCAUUGUCCGGUGGUGGCAGUGCCAGUGGUAAACUACGCCGGGCAAAUCGUCCUCGAAUUACCAUCACAAUCCCACCGCACCAUCAGCAAUUACCAAUGCGGCACUCCCCCUACUACGGACCAUCCACAGCUACCACCAUACCACCCACAGCCUUGACCGGAGACGCCAACUUGAGGCGUCCAUCGUUCUUCGAUCCCUUCGGUAUGGAUCACCCGGCCAAGUAUGGGGAUUUCAUGUCGAAGCAAUUUGAAGGGAUAAAGGAUUUUACAAAAUCCGGCCUUGGACAUGGUGAGAAAGUUGCUCUGUGGGUGUAUGAAAAGUUCAGCAGUUGGUCCAAGAAGUGGUUCACCCACAUCUUCCUCGUCACAGUGAUGCUACUCUACAGCCUGGCGGGUGCAUCAAUUUUUAAAGCCAUUGAAGGGACUCACGAAGAAAAACUCAUAAUGGACGUGAGAAAAGAGAGUUUCGCUGUUGCCAAGGCUAUACGAGAGUUGACCUACAAUGCACGUUUAACGCGAGACCAAGAACAAUGGGAAGAUGCAAUUGUGCAGAAAUUGGAUGAUUUCCGUCAGAGUCUCUUUCAGUACUACAAGAAUGGCUACAACAAUUCUCCGGAGAAGGUUUGGUCCUUUUGGAAUUCUGUCUUCUACUGUGGCACAAUUUACACAACUAUAGUGAGACAUACCAAAUACUACGUCACAAAGAAGCUCAUUUAUACGCCGAAGACUCUCACUCUUUUGGUUGCGUGCCAAAAUACUUCGAUGACACUAAGAAAACAAAUCCAGUAA